GAAACUCGGAAUAGGAAUGUACAAUACGUACAGAUGGUCGUUUCGAAGUGCGAGCAAGAGAAGGAGAGACAGCUCAACCGUUCAAUGGAGAUGGAUGAUCACAUAAAGGAGGAUCUUGCGAAAAAGGUGGAGCGGCGACAGAAAGCAUUAGCUGAAAGGAUCAACCUCGCCAAAAAACAGCUUGUGAAAGUUAAACAGGCGAGCGACGCGCGCUCCUCCUCACGAGAAAGUUUAAUGAAGCACAUCGAUAAAGAUAUGUCUGAUAAGGAGAACAACCGCCGGUCAUUUAUUCAAGGUAUUAAAGAUCAUUGUCACAUGCAGCUUUGCAGGGUAGAUUCGCCUAAUGUCACAACGGUUGCUUCCGCAAACCUGUACCGACGCCCUUUGCACACGAAGAGGUCAGUAAGUUCUGCACCCCAACCAAGGUGCUUGUCUUUUUUAGUUUUUGGUGCGUUAGUUGACUCAUGGAUGCUCAAAGCCGCGGCGUGUGUCUUACCGCUCUACCCACCAUAG